GGUUUAUCUGGAAAUUCUUAUAGUAAACUAUUUUAAUGUUUAGCUAAUGAGUUUUAUAUUUUCCAUCUUUCAGAGUUUCUUUUCUUUUUUUAACCAGAGAGAAGCGACAUCUCCUCAGGUUAGCAAAGAUUCACAGGAUUAUAGUUUUAACGAAGCCCAAGAGAAGAAUCUUGCUUCUAUCACUAUUACUAAGUCAACCACUGAUGGAGAUGUUGUAGAGAAUGUUAAGAUUAUUUCUGACCAAGGAUCCUCUAAUUUGGAAAUUAAAACAAAUUUACACGAUAAUAAAAAUUUAAAAGGAACAACGCACUCUGAUCUUUACGUUAAAUGGCGAGGAGACGCUAAAAUAAAUAUUAACAUAAGCUCCGAAAAACAGUUAGGAAAAAUGGUUAAGGAAACUGCAGAGCAAGAAGCAGUAGUGGAAGACGAAAGGCUGGAGCAAAACGAAACACCAAUUGUUUUGGAAGAAAGCAGCCCGUUUUCUAGUAAUUUAACUGACGAUCGUGAUAUCGCAGAGAAGAUGAUGGAAGCUUUUGGAAGUAAAAGUUCAGAUUCUGUAGUGAGUAUGGAGGGGAGUGCAGAUAGCGUCGUAAUUAAAACUGGACCAAAAAAAGUUUCCUUUGAAAAAAGGGAUUUACAUGAUAUGACAGAAGCCGUUCAUGAUCUGAAUUUUUUAAAGACUAAGGACGUCACGUGUGUGCAUGAAAAUGGGAGAUCCAUUCUACAUAUAGCCGCUUAUGAAGGAAGACUUGAAGUGUGCCGGUUGCUUCUUAGUAAAAUUGACGUUAACAUUAAAGAUCCUGAGGGCAUCACUCCCCUGCACGUGGCCGCUUGGCGUGGAUGGGCGGAUAUUGUUCUUUUCUUAUUGGAAAACGGCGCUUUUGUUAAUGAAAAGGACCACCAAAAUAGAACUUCUCUUCAUCACGCUGUUCGAGAGUUAUACGUUCCACUGGACGAUAUGGACCCCCACUUAACCAUAAAACGAGUGGUCGAUGCUGGGGUUGAUAUUAAUUGUGUAGAUACUUUUAAACAAACAGCACUUCACGUGGCUAUGGCUUCGCGAAGGCUUUCGGUCGAUACUAUUGGCUAUAUGCUCGACCACGGGGCUUCCUUGGAAGCUGUCGACGACGAAGGCCAUACGCCUUUAUAUAUAGCAGUUUUGGCGAGCGAUUAUUUAUAUGUGAAAUACCUCAUUACCCGUGGGGCCUCUGUUCAAUUGGUCGAUUUCCAGCAGCGCACGUUGCUAGAGGCUGCCGAGGGUAUGGAAGUAGACCUCAAGGCUUCGGCGUUUGCCUUUGAAGGAGAAGUGGGCUUCGGUGAUGAAAGUUUAUUAGCUGAAGUGCAAGAGAUAAAAAACCUCAUAAUUACUGCCUUGAAAAAUGAAAGGGUUAUUGUAGCAGAAGAGGAAGAAGAAGAUUCAGAAUUUGCAGAGGGAAGCGACUUAGAGGAAGAAUUCAAAAUGGAUUUAAUAAAAGUUGAAGGCUCUUCAGAAUCAAAAGAAAAAGAUAAUUUAAUAACUUGA